CAGUCGGAGCUCGGGGCUGAACCGUCGUGCUAAAGAGGCGGGCUGCGGGUUCACGGGUUUCCGUGUUGAGAAGUGACCAACCUCCGUCGGCGGCUGCAGAAGAGAAACAAUUCCUGUUAAAACUGGAGCUUUGGUGCAUUUUGAAGCUGUCGAUCUAAUUUGACAGUAGAAGUAAAGCUGUUGUGAAGUGUGUCCUUUCAGUGAACCGCUGACCUUGUGCAGCUGUAGUGGAGGAACAGAAACGCUAUGAUUCAGAGUUCGGGUGGUUGGAGCAACCAAUCCAGUCAACAGGGAACCCAGUGAAGCUGGUCACACCGAGGAGAGCUAGCUUGACCCGAGCUGAAAAAGCGCAGAACACCAGCGAGGUCAUGUUUGAAAACUUCAGGGAAAGACUUCAGAUGGUGCAGCAGGAUUUCACCGCUGGGGCUCGAAAGGAUGAUGUAUGGAGUAGAAAAAACCGCAGUGCAUGGCGAGAUAUCACGUGUCCUUUGGAGCCCUAUAUUCGUGAUGACUCAGGCUUUAAGACUCUUGGAGAAAAAUCCAGAGAUGGAAAAAUGAAGCGGAGGUCCAGGACUGAGGACAGUCUGUCUCAUUUCACAGGAGGAAUGGAAAUCCUGCACAGGUAUGAGGAGAGCUGGUUUGUUCUCCACAGAAGAACCAAAGACUGUGCUCAGGCUGCAGAGGCGGUGUAUGGAGACGUGGUGAUGCUGUCGGCGCUCUGGGAGAAGAAGAGGUCCGCUGUGUGUGAACUGCAGGAGCAGCUGCAGAGCCUGCCGGCGUUCCUCACCCAGCUGGACGCCGUUACCACCGGCAUCGCACAUCUGGAAGGUGAAUUUGAAGAGAUGGAGAGCAGACUAGUGUACUUGGAGAUGCUGUGUUCACAGUGUGAACAACAGGCGGUCAAACUUCAGCAUCACAACCAAAUGGAGAACUACAAGAAGAAGAAAAGGAAGGAGCUCGAGUCACUACAAGUGGAGCUGAACGUGGAACAUGAGCAGAAGUUGUCACAGCUGGAGCAAACAAUUCAGCAGAAACUGAAAGAACGACAGAAAGCAUACGAACAAGCUUUCAAACAAGACGUAGACCAGUACCUGUCCACUGGAUAUCUCCAGUCUAGAGAGUCCACAGGAGCUGCUGUCUUCACUCUGGAUCAGAUGACGGUCGCUAACAUGUCAGACCAGGAUGCUUUGGAUGACUUCCUGAAUUCCUCUGAAGAAGAUCUCAGUGCUGGAUCCUCCUUGACUUCUGGUCCAGAUCUGGGGUCCAACUCUUCGGAAUCGGUGAGCCAAGCCCCUCCCACACACAACCUACCCCCCAGCUUGGAAGCAGCGUGGCCCCCCCCGGAGGACGGGGGCAGUGAGGACAGUGACGAGCCGGUGGUGCAGUCUGAUGAGGAGGAGGUCGAAGCUGACGGUCUGCAAGAUGUUCCAGUAGUUCAAAUCAGUGAAGACAGUGACUCUGCUGGAGAUUUCCCCUCUGGGUGACCAACCCGUCCUCUGGGUGACCAACCCGUCCUCUGGGGAACCAGCUGAGCUCCAUGUGACCUCCCUGUGUUCUCCGUUCAGCAGGUUUCAUCUCUUGUUUUUUUUUUGUGAAAUUUUCAUCUCAUGAAGGAUUUCUGAAAUCGUCCAUCCUGAAAGAUUAAAGAUCUCCAGAAAGACAA